UACCUUUGGUCUUGUCCCACCUUUGAUCGCGCUUGUUCACUUUCCCAUCGUGCUGUUGUUGUUGUUUUGUUUUGGUGAAGCCCUGUUUCCGACACCCGAGUCCCUAUAACGACACCCCCUUCGCUUCCCUCCCUCCUCGGUGUAAUCAGGUCCCCCCUUGAACAUUCCACCCUAAAGAACUCCGACUCGACUUCUUCUCGCGGCCACCAUCCUCCCCCGACACAGCAGCAAAUCCCAAAUCGCCACGGUCCGCGAAGGACCGCCCUCCCACCGCCCAUCAUGUCGACCGCCGACGAGAGUAGCGGGAAUGUCGGCACCGACCCGACCGUCGACAACCUCAACGCGCCCUUCAACGCGGGCGACCAGGCCUACAUCAUCGUCUCGGCGGCCAUGGUCCUGCUUAUGGUGCCCGGUAUCGCCUUCCUCUACUCGGGUCUCGCCCGCCGGAAAUCGGCCCUCUCGCUCAUCUGGGUCACCGUCAUGUCUUUCAGCGUCGUCGUCUUUCAGUGGUACUUUUGGGGCUACUCGCUCGCCCUGAGCAGCACCGCCACCAACGGCUUCAUCGGGAACCUGGACAAGUUUGGGUUGCGCAACACCCUCGGCGCGCCGAGCCCCGGCUCACCGCUGAUUCCGGAGCUGUUGUAUUCUUUUUACCAGAUGCAAUUUUGCGCCGUCACCGCCGCCCUCGUCAUCGGAGCCACGGCCGAACGCGGCCGCGUCGUCCCCGCGAUGGUCUUCACCUUUUUCUGGGCCACGCUCGUGUACUGCCCCCUCGCGUACUGGGCCUGGGGCGCCAACGGGUGGGCCUUGCAGUACGGCGUGCUCGACUACGCCGGCGGCGGCCCCGUCGAGAUCGGGUCCGGCGUGUCGGCCCUGGCCUACUCGUGGGUGCUCGGGCGCCGCAACGAGAAGAUGAUGCUCAACUUCCGCCCCCACAACAUCUCCCUCAUCACCCUCGGCACCAUCCUCCUGUGGUUCGGCUGGCUGGGCUUCAACGGCGGCUCCGCCUUCGGCGCCAACCUCCGCGCCACCAUGGCCUGCUGGAACUCGUGCCUGACGGCCAUGUUCGCCGCCAUGACCUGGUGUCUGCUGGAUUACCGCCUGGCCAAGAAGUGGUCGCUCGUCGGCUGGUGCUCCGGCACCAUCUCGGGGCUCGUGGCCGCCACCCCGGCCUCGGGGGUCAUCACGCCGUGGGCCAGCAUCCUCCUGGGGGUCGUCUCGGGCGUGGCCUGCAACUUCGGCACCAAGGUCAAGUUCAUGAUCGGCAUCGACGACGCGCUCGACGUGUUCGCCGAGCACGGCAUCGGCGGCAUCGUCGGCCUCAUCUUCAACGCCCUCUUCGCCGCCGACUACAUCAUCGGCCUCGACGGCGUCAACAUGGGCGUCACCGGCGGCUUCCUCAACCACAACUACCGCCAGCUCUACAUCCAGAUCGCCUACAUCGUCGCCGCCUGCGCCUACACCUUUGUCAUGUCCGCCAUCAUCGCCAAGGCCAUCGACCUCGUCCCCGGCCUCCACCUGCGCGCCUCCUCCGAAGCCGAGCUCCUCGGCAUGGACGACGACCAGCACGGCGAGUUCGCCUAUGAUUACGUCGAGGUCCGACGCGACUACCUCGCCUGGACGCCCGCGGAGCGCGACCCCAAGGAAGACGGCGCGGUCGUGGUGCCCCAGCACGGCAUCGCCGGCCACCAGGACCUGGCCGAGAGCGCGAGGCUGCGCGCGCCGGGGACCGGCUCCUCGGCGGAGAACAAUAAUCACAUCCUUACUAGUAGGACCAGCACUGGGAGCCGUAAGGGGAGACGUGGGAGCGGGAGUGGGAGCGGGAGUGGGCCGGUGACGCCGCCGCCGGAGAAGGAGAAGGAGGGCGAGGUGGUGGCGGUGGGCAGGUUGGGGGUGGUGACCGAGGGGGAGAAGGUGGAGGUUACGCAAUGAUUGUUGCUUGGUUUUUGGUAUGGGGAGGGGAGGGAGCGUGUUUGUGUUGGUUGUUC